AUGUCUGCUCUCAAGAUCGGCGAUAGCUUCCCCGAGGACGUCGUCUUCGGCUGGGUCCCUCCCACGCCCGACAACAAGGACAUUCAGUCCUGCGGCGUCCCUACCAAGUACCCCGCCAGCUCCCAGUUCAAGAACAAAAAGGUCGUCCUCGUCUCCCUCCCCGGCGCCUUCACCCCCACGUGCCAGGUCAGCCACGUCCCCGGCUACAUCAGCAAGGUCUCGGAGCUCAAGGCCAAGGGCGUCGACCAGGUCGUCGUCAUUGCCAGCAACGACCCCUGGGUCAUGUCCGCCUGGGGCAAGGCCAACAACAUUCACGACGAGUUUAUUAUCUUCGCCUCGGACGAGGGCUGCAAGUUCAGCAAGAGCAUCGACUGGAUGGCUGGGCCUGACCGCACCGGCCGCUACGCCAUCGUCGUCGACCACGGCAAGGUCAUCUACGCCGAGAAGGAGCCCGCUGGCGGCGUCACCGUCUCUGGCGCCGACGCGAUCCUCCCCAAGCUGUAA